AAGUUGCUAAUGCUAUGACUUUGACAUCACAACUACAAGCUGAAAAAUAUUUUAGAAAAAAGAAAAACAUUCUCUGGUGAAGAGGUGAGAGAGAGUUGAUCUCACCCAUGAAUCUGAAAAUGCAAGCAAAGCUUUGCCUUGCCCUUUAGUCUUCCAUACCUGUCACCUUACUUUCUUUUUGUGGAAUUUUCUACUAAGUAUUUUUUAUUAUAUAUCAAGUUUUUAAUCAAGUAUUAUACUUGGAAUAAAUACUAUUUUUUUUUUAUUUUUUUGGUUGCUGAAUAAUAAAUACUACUUGAGUGUGUCCUUUCUCACCAUUUUCUCUCUCUAGAGCUCAUCAGCUAUUUCGUUUUGGUGUGAUAGCAACCGUUGUGAAAUUGGACUUUUACUCUUUUUAACAUUUUUCUAUAAGAUCCCUUUUGUUUUUCUAGCUUCAACUGUCUUAAAGAUUCAACCUUUUUGAAGAUUAAAACUUGGUGGUUGUUGGUGGGUGAGGUGGGAAUUAUUGAUCAACAGCUACUUUUCUUGGUUGGUCCUCAAAUUUCCUCUUCUGAGGUUAAAAGUGAAAAUUUUGCUGGGUGGACCUAUUUCACUGUAUAUAAUUCUGGGUCUUGAAGGUUUUAGCUUCUUAUGGAGAAUGAUAAUGGUGAUGUGAUGUCAAAAAUGGAGAAUUAUGAAGUUAUAGAGCAGAUUGGAAGAGGGGCAUUUGGGGCUGCUUUUCUUGUGCUCCAUAAGACUGAAAAAAAGAAGUAUGUGCUGAAGAAGAUUCGUUUGGCUAAGCAAACAGAGAAGUUCAAACGUACGGCUCACCAAGAGAUGGACUUAAUUGCAAAGUUAAAUAACCCCUAUAUUGUGGGGUAUAAAGAUGCUUGGGUAGACAAGGGGGACUGUAUCUGUAUUGUGACUAGCCAUUGUGAAGGAGGAGACAUGGCUGAUAUGAUAAAAAAGGCCAGAGGAACAUAUUUUCCGGAAGAGAAACUUUGCAAAUGGCUGGCUCAGUUGUUGCUAGCUGUAGACUACUUGCAUUCAAAUCGGGUCCUUCACAGAGAUCUUAAGUGCUCCAACAUAUUCCUUACAAAAGACAAUGACAUUCGGCUUGGAGACUUUGGACUUGCAAAGCUACUCAACACAGAAGACCUUGCUUCAUCGGUGGUUGGAACUCCCAACUACAUGUGUCCCGAGCUCCUUGCUGAUAUACCUUAUGGCUACAAAUCCGAUAUUUGGUCACUCGGCUGCUGUAUGUUUGAAAUUGCAGCUCAUCAACCGGCAUUUAGAGCCCCGGAUAUGGCUGGACUAAUAAACAAAAUUAACAGAUCUUCUAUUUCGCCGCUUCCUAUUGUGUAUUCUUCCACACUGAAACAAAUUAUUAAAAGCAUGCUCAGAAAGAGCCCCGAACAUAGACCAACAGCUGCAGAGCUGUUGAGACACCCGCAUUUACAACCUUAUCUUCUUCAAUGUCGAAAUGCAUCUUCUGUUUUUCUUCCAGUGAAGCCAGUAGUAAAUAACGCAAAGGACAAAACAAGAAAAACACCGGUUAAAUCCCCCAAUGGCAAAGCCAGCCGAGAGAAAGAGCCUGCACCAGUAAAUCAAGUAGCGGAGAGCAAUAGCGGUGUGAUAGCUAGGUGUACACCGGAGGAGGAGGAAGAUAAACCUGUAAUCUCGGCUAAAGCUGAAGAGAAGCUUGAAACAAAGAGGGUUGAUCCUACCAGCUGCACUAUUGAAGUAUCUAAUGUUACCGAUGGAUCUAAAGAUUCACCAACUGAUUCUGAAACAUCGGUUUGUAGUGGAUCUAAGCAAGCUGAGGUUCUCAGUAUAUCGCAGAAGGAAAGUACCGAGUCUGAUGUGGAAGUUACAUCAGAAAGCACUCCGAUUUCUCAGCAUGAAGAACAAGAGGAAUCUACUGGCAAAGAUACUCAAGAGUCACCUGAGGUCAAGAUCAAAACAUUGAAUAUCGAAGAUAAGGUACAUUUUAACAAAGUUGAGGGAAACAUUGGAACAAAAGAGGAAAGUAGUCAAGGCGGGAACUGCAAAGAAUCGGACAUGGACAAAGUUGACGUUCUUGAAGAUAAGUGUUCGUCGUCGGCCAAAUCUGAUAUAGAACCUCAAUGCUUCAUCGAAAAAGAUACUUCCGACGAGUGUAUAGAGAGUACUAACAUCAAUGUUAACAUCAAUGUUGUGGUUCCUUGUAAUGAUGAGACGGGUCCUAAGGUAGAUAAUGCUAGUGCUCCUAAACAAACAGGAAAAGACGACCGUCAUCAUGUUGAUAACGAAACACCAAAAGAUGUCUCGUUAAAUUCUCUAGCUGGGGUAGAAGCCAAGGCCGAGUGGGAAAAUCCUGGUCGGCAAAGAGCUGAUGCCUUGGAAUCUCUACUUGAGCUAUGUGCUAGGCUACUUAAGCAAGACAAACUCGAUGAGCUUGCUGGUGUGUUAAGACCGUUCGGGGAAGAUGCAGCUUCAUCAAGAGAGACAGCUAUCUGGUUGACAAAGAGCCUUAUGUCUGCACAGAAAUUUAAUGAAGGAUCCUAAUUUUGAAGAGGGAAAUUGGCAAUAGAAAAAAAAAACAAGUUGUAAUCUUAGUCUUCUUAUAAUUUGUGCUUCCAAGAAUGCUGUUUGAUUGGAAAUUAGAGACCCUGAAAAUAACUUGUGUUGCAGCUUUGUAAUUGGAACUUUGGCAGUUGAGUUAUACCAUCUUCUUUUUGUCACUUAUAUGUUCAUAUUAUUGACAUGAAUUUCCAAAUUUCUCAAUCUUGUCCCCAAAAAAUAAAGAGAAAUUAUUAUGGAAAUGAAAGAACUAUUUGAAGUUUGUUAAAAGCUCCUUCAUUCAUUCAAUCUAUUCACCUUUCUGUUUUAUCUGUUAUUUUUCUUUUCUUUUCUAUUAUACUCUAUUCAAUGACACAUUUUUGGUGAUAUAGAAAUGAUUGCAUGAAUUGGAUCCAAGAAAAGUAAGUUCCAAAGAAAUUUUUUUGGUCGUGGAAGUUCCAAAUUGCAUGAUAUUAUCAUAUUAGAUAAGAUAAGCACGUCUUGAGAAUUUGUCUUUGUCAAAAAAAAAAAAAAAAAAGCAUCAUUCAUGGACAACACUCACUACUACUUUUAUUAUUAUCUUAACUUUAUGAAAAUAAUUAUGUUUAUUGCUCUUUAAAUUAAUAAGAGACCCUCAUUUGUAAUAAUGGCAACGCUUUAAGAAAGUUAUGAACUAAAAAUGACAUUAUGGUGUGGAUCCACACACAACUCAUAAUGAUGUACUUUUUAUUUCUUUUUCUUAAUACAUUGCAUAAUUUAGAAUACAUUAAUGGUAAUAUAAAAUAAAUAACUAAAUUAAAGUACAAGAGAAUCCAUUAUCUUAUCUUUACAACUCCUUAUAUUAAUUUUUCAAUUUUUAGUUUUGAGAAUUGCCUAGGACCACUCUAUAAUGCCAAACACCCUAUAACAUACCAUACUAUUAGUAAUACAAUUAAAUAUUAAAUAUGUAAUAUUUAUUAUUUAAUUACAUCAAUAAUAAUAUAUGAGGCGCCAUAACGGGGUUGGAUACAAUAGAGUGUCUUAUAGAAUUGCUUAUUUUAUUUUAUGAGGGUGUGUUAGUUUUGAGCUUAAUGAAUGUAAUAUGCCAAUAAAGAAAGAAGGGAAGCUCCAACCAAGGACCCAACUACAGGCAAAGUAGAUGAGGCAGCACUUAACGAGCCAGGGCCGGGGCUAGGGGCUAGGUCCUCAUCGACGGCCAGGACCGAGCUGAGAGAAGCAGCUGCAACAAUGACAGCAAUGGACAUCUUCUUAAGCUCCAUUGUGAAUGUUAUGUGAUGUGUGCUUAGUUUUCAAGAUCUGCCUAGCAAAUCAAGAAAUAAAUGUUCUUUUUUCUUACCUUUAAGCUGGUC